UGCUUCCUGACUGGUCCAGCCACAGGGUCCAGGUUUCUCCUUAGUCAUUAGUUCAAGGUCCACGUAGUUUAAUGUCGUACUUGCGUUCAGCCACGUCGCCUGGCUAGUUUGCUGUCUUUGUCAAGUAGCUGUCCAUUAUUCACUCACUCUACAGCAGGAAACGGCACUUCAAAAGAAAAACUCUGUGCUGGAAAUUCACUGUAGUUAAAAAAAAAAAAGUCCAUUUUUUUACAAACUUGACUUGUUUGUUAGUCACUUGCGGUCCAUUCAGAAUGAACCCACAACCCACCAGUUGGAAACCACUGCUUCUUAAAGUAGAUUGUACAGACCAUUAUCUCCAAAAAGCAUUUUUGGGUCAUCAGGAAAUAACAUUCAUAAUACUGAUACAGAUGUAAAAUAGAUGAUAGUACAUUAUUUGGUUUAAAUAAGUGAAAGAAUUCAAAAAAUAUCACCAUGUCACCACUUCAAACUUUACUUACGGUUGACCGAGCUAACAAAUAGUAAAUAUCCAGUGUGUAGGAUUUAGGAGGAUAUAUUGGCAGACAUGGAAUAUAAUCUAAUAAGUAUCUUUUCUUUUGUAUAUAAUCACCUGGAAAUAAGAAUUACUGUGUUUUCGUUACCUUAGAAUGAGCCCAUGGAGUCUGCCAUGUUGCACCACCAUGUUCCUGCAGUAGUUCAGAACAGACAAAGCAAACAGUGUCAGAAAAACACAUUUUUUUUUAACAUGAAACUGCUUUAUUCAAUGUUUUUAUUAAUUUAAAUCACUGGGCCUGUUUGUGUUGAAGAGGAUUAGACCUCUGCGGAUAAUUCGGCACUUGUUCAAAACCCCCUGAAGGUCUCUUUAGUUAAACAUUAGCGUGUGCUGGGCUAGCAGCCUGUCUUUGAAAUGCCAAACAGCAUUGGAGAGACACUGAUUUGUAACGUGAGACUGCUUGAGUCAGUGUUUUUAUCUGUUUUAAUUACCUGGUGUGUUUUGGAGAGGACCUUUGAGGAUAAUUUUGCCCUUGGUAAAAACCUCCUGAACAAUGAACACUGAAGGAAUCCCAACCGGGAGUUCACGCUUGGCACACGGGAGAAGUUUCAACUGAUUGCAAUCUGCAGUCGUUACCACAAGAUGCCUCUAAGUCCUACAUACUGCUCUUUUCAAUACCCCCAAAACAUUAUUUAAAUUAGGUUCAUUUAAAAGCUCUGUUCACAGCUGGCUUCUUUCUUUAUGCGUAACUGUCACUGCUGCUCAACAAUCAUAUAGGUAUAAUCAACAGAAGAGAAAGAUCCUGCACUCUUGAAAAUAACGCAAUAAGUAAGGACUGUAGCUCUGCUCAUUUGCUCAUUUUUGCUGGUUGGUUACCAAGCCCCAUUAUGACUAUGAGAGUUAACGCCCCUUCUCUGCCGCUGUUAGAAGUCAUUGCGGAAACACAGGAAAACAGCUGAAGUAGCUGCAGAGGAGGCAAACACAAGUAACACCGCCUCAUCACAAAAUAAAUUCUGGAAUACACCGAGCAUCAACCAUGAUGAUAGCAAAAGUUCCUUCCAAGCUGCAGUCACAGCCGUCCUCUCCGCAGCCUCGAUGCUCAUCGCCUUCUGUCCCCCCAAGUAAACUCAUCUCUCCCUCACAGAAACACAGCAAGAAAGCUCUGAAACAGGCCUUGAAGCAGCAGCAACAGAGAAAUCAGCGCAGACAGGGGGGAAUGCCAACCACCUCCAGUCCUAGAUUGCUUCUGAAAUCCAUCAAAGACAUGGCUGACAACAUUACUACAAAGACUGACUUAUGUCACCCAGUUGUCCCCAGGAAGGUUUCUCAGAGGUCAGGCCGCCUUAGCGCAGGGCAGCUGAAACGCACCAAGUGUAAAAUAGAUGUGGAAACACCAGACUCCAUUUUGGUUAACACCAACCUGCGGGCGAUCAUCAACAAGCAUACCUUCUCUGUCCUGCCCCCUGACUGCCAACAGAGGCUGCUCAAACUUCUGCCUGAAGUUGACCGGCAGGCUUGCAUGGACGGCCUUCUGAAGGUCACUAGUUCUGCCUUAAACAACGAGUUCUUCACAUCAGCAGCUCAGUCCUGGAAGGAGAGACUGGCUGAGGGUGACUUCACUCCUGAGUUGCAGCUACGAAUGCGCCAAGAAAUUGAGAAGGAAAAGAAAGUUGAGCACUGGAAGGAGGCCUUCUUUGAAAACUAUUAUGGUGAAAAUUCUGGGCUUAGCUUUGAGGAAUCCAAAGAGCUGACAAAGGCUGAUGUGAAUCAGGAGUCUGCCAGGCCCCAGUCCCAUGCUCAUCAGACAGUACCUGCCGCUCAAGCACCAGAGCAUCCCAAGGGCACCAAGGACAGCAGCCAGACUGAUGCUGCUGCUACCGCUGUGAAAGACAUGAAGCCAACAAAGGAGCCUCUGAAGGCACAGCCUGCUCAGAGAGAGCCAGUCUUCACCACAGAGCCCAUGAAGACGCGGCGCUCGCAGUACACUGAGGAUCGCAAGUUGAAUGCAACAGCACAGUCUGGGCCAACACCUGCAGUGAAAACACCAGAGGCUGAGAAGCAGACUCAACGGGCCGCAGCAGGUACAGUGCCUGAAAAGGAGCAUAAAGAGGAAGUGAAGGAGGAGAAAACUGAACUCCCUCAGUCGCCUGUGAAGAAGAGCUGUCCACCAAAGGCUAGUUCAGAGUUGAAAGAGGAUCAGCCGGUGUCUGUGGUUAAGCCUGCUGAGGAGAGCGAGGAGGUCAUCUCUGAGCCCAGUGGCCCCUCAGAGCCACUGAAAAGGAAAUCUCCCUGUGAGAUUGGGGAUGAACUGACACCAGAGAAAAGGCCCCGUAUGUCCUCAGUCUCCUCUGUGUCCUCAGUCUCCUCUGUAUCUCCUCCAGCGUCAUCCAUAUCCAGCCCGGCCACACCAACUUCAACAACAAAUCAGAGGGUUCCACCACUCAAGAUUCCAGUGUCAAGGAUUCUUCCUUUGUCACCAAGCCAAGUCUCACCCAGGACUCCCCUCCCGGCCCCGCUUAGCAGCCCAGGCCGUACUGGUGCUCGCACUUUGGCUGACAUCAAAGCCAAAGCUCAGCUCGCCCGAGCACAGCGAGCAGCGGCUGCCGCGGUAUCAUCUGCAUCGAAGGGAGCAGUCCCAGGCCCGGGGCCAGGGGGAGGCAGUGGUGAGCAAACACAGCCAUCGCCCAGCCCCAGCCCAACGUCCCCACAGGCAUUCACCAGGUUACCAACCUCCAGCUACAGCAUCAGUCAGACCAGUACGCCUCCUUCUCGCCCACUGGACUCUUUUGACCAGCUAAGCCCAAACCAGUCUCAAGCAUCUUACUCAAGCAAAGCUGAUGAAAAACACAAAGUUCAUUUUGUUGGUACUGUCAGUGCAGGGCCUCAUAGCAUUCAGUUGCAACCCACUCCGUCAUCUGUGCACACUCUGAAGGGACAGGAAAACCAAUCACCUGCUGGAUCAUUACCCAAAACCAGCUCCUGUAUCCCUGCAAACAAUCCACUGGUCACUCAGCUUCUGCAAGGCAAAGAGGUUCCCUUGGAGCAGAUCCUCCCAAAACCGCUAUCCAAGGUGGAAGUAAAGAUGUCAAAUUUAUCCUCUGGCAGUAAGGUGAAGACACCACACCCCACUGAGCCCCGGGCUGAUAAGCAGAUGUUCCACCAGUUAAGUACAGCAGGACGAGCAGGAGUGUUCUCAGAAUACACGAGACACCACAGGGAUCUUCCUGAUAAGGAGACUCAGGAGCAGAUUGUGCAGGCUCUAAUGCAGAGGAAGGGCCAGCAGAGCCAGCCUUAUGGUGGCAUGGGGCCUCAGCACCCUCAGUACAAAGUCCAUCAGCUGGUGCAUGCAGAAGAGCAGCAGGACCAAACCAGGAUUUCAGUUGGAUUUCUGGGUCGUAAGAGGAUGCCAAGGCCUGCUAUGACGGGACAUUACCUGCUCAAUGUGUCCACAUAUGGCAGAGGACCAGAUAGCAGGAGACUGCAUCAGUCUGUCAUCCCAAACACAUCUGUGUCAGGUUUUAAAAGGGAAAGCACAGAAGGAGAGGAGGCGGCUAAGGAUGAAGAGCCAGCCAGGAAAUGUUUCUUUCCCGCUCCCGGGGUUAAAACAGAGCAGCAGGGAUACUCCAUAACCAAGUCUGACGAAGCAGCGAGCAUUGAGCAUUGCUCCAACGUAAAGACUGAGCCUGGAUCAGAGGAUUUUGACGCCGGUGCCGAUAACGACAGCACCAGUGCGACAGCCAAAGACACCAGCCAUUUUUCUCAGUCACACCGAAGGCACCUCGAACUCUGCAAUAGUAACCAAGGAAACUCCGAGCCAUAUCUUGCCCAAGUGGACCCCAGUCACCAGCGGCAGUCUGCCUUUCAAACCCAGAGAACGCUCGAUAAUCAGGAAGUCGUGGCAGCAUCAUGCUACGGUGGCACUAUCAGCAUGUCUGUACCUCACACUUUAAACCACAGUACUGCAGGCAUCGGCUCUUCCACAGCCUCUGCAGAGGCUGAUGGCCGCGGUGUCCAUGGGAGCGUCAUGUCUUUUUCAGUGACUGUCACCACCAUACCUGCCGGUCACUCGCUAGACCACGGCAACCAGGGUGAGCCCUCACCUGAGCAGUCGUUCAUGGAGGGCUCCAACAUGGAGGACGUCCAGUCCAAAUGCUACUGCCGACUGAAGGCGAUGAUCAUGUGCAAAGGAUGUGGAGCCUUUUGCCAUGAUGACUGCAUCGGCCCCUCGAAACUCUGUGUGUCAUGUUUAGUUGUACGAUGAUAUGAAAUUAAUAAUACUUAGAAGAUGGUUUGAUUUUUUAUUGAUGUGAGACACAAAGCAGAAGCAGGUCAUUCAGAAUCACUGCUGGAGUGACGCAUGUUAGCCACGCUCCGCACAAAACAACCAGCACGCGGUUGCUGUUGGAAAAGCAAGGAUUUACACUGGAUGGUCUUUUGUUUCACCAACAUGUAUGAAAAGUUGUUCUGUGCAAUUUUUUGGUAGAAAUGUCAAUCAAUUUUCAAUCAGAUCAGUAGUGUGUCAGAUGUGUGACAAAUAUAAAAUCUGGCAAUGUUUGCACUCGGCUAGGAUUAGUGUGAUAUAUUUUUUUAAAUAUAUAUAUGUGUAGUUUUUAAAAAAAGGAGGGAAAAAUGAAUGUUGCUAUUUUUGUAGAACAUAAUGACUGUUGUGUUUAAGACUGACACUUUUUAUUAUUGGGCCUAAUCAUCAGUUGUGGUUUAAAGGCAAAAAAAAAAGGGCGCUAAUGAUAAUCAUUGGUUAUAGAGUACCUCCUGGCAUUUAUGCA